AGCGCCAGUGCAGAGCAGUGUGAGGACCAUCGACCAGUACCGCAACAUUUUAGUUUUCCUGUCUUUUCGUCCAAAGAUCGCCUUCAAAUACUCAAAUGAACAACUGGCAUAUAUGCUAACUACCAUAUUGUGAAUUUGGCCUUAGGAUAAAGCCUAAAACAGCGGGAAAAUGGAACGAAAAACUGAACUUAGUAUAGAUCUAGACGGACUUCGUGUAACGAGAAGUCGAAGAGCUGCAGCAGCAGCGGCAGCCGCUAAUGGCAAUACAUGUAGCACUGAAAGUAGUAUGAAUUCAUUUACAUCAACUACUCAGACUACGUCAACUGCAACUUCAGCCAGUGUCUGUAAUACAUCAACAGCAAAAACUACUAGUUCGAGGAUAUCAACUAAUUCAAAUACUGGGAAUGAUUCCACAAUCCCAAGGAAACGAGUGAAGCGGAAUCCUCUCUUGAAGAAUGUGUUUUUGGGUGUCCGUGAUUCUCAACAUGGAAAGCGACCAUUCAAAUCUGCCACAGAGCUCCCUCGUGAGCUCCUGAUGAGCUGCGAGAGCAGGAUCGGUCUUGUGCAGCCUUCCUCCAACACUCAGAGUCCGUCUCCUGCUAACCCUACCAUCCCUAUCAUUGCUGCUGAACUGUCGGAAGCAGCCAAGAGUCUACUGAACACCAACCCAGAGUUGCAGCAGUACUACCUCUGUCUCAAGUUGCUCAAGAAAGUAACACAGAAGCUGAUGUCGGAGUCAACAAUCGAGUAUCCUACUGAUAGUGGUAAAUUUAAGGAAAGCAAGACCAUUAAUGCGGAAAUAUUCUUACUGUUUGGUGGUGUUGAGGUAACCGUUGACCUUCUCCUUCAACCGCACUUCUACAAGAAAAAACAGAAGAAAAAGGUGGCAGCUAGCAGCGAGAGCAAGGAAUCUAAAGCUGAGGAGAAACCCUCCACAAGUGACACACCAGAAACGUCUACCACAAGCACUCCUGAAGCAGCAACAUCAACGGAAACCACUCCACCAGCAACAGAUGAUGCAGCAUCAACAGCAACUGAAGCUGCUGCUGCAGCAUCAACAACUGAAACUGGAGCAGAAGCUGAAGCAACAGAGAUGGAGGACUCUCCGCCAGCUUCGUCAACAGCCACUUCAUCAACAGCCACAUCAUUGUCGUCAUCGUCGGCUGCAGCAUCGUCCUCAUCGUCCACAGUAACGACAUCAGCGUCAUCCACUCAGCAGGCAUCAGGAUCGUAUCAGUUCCGCCUGGUCCGAGACAGCUACAGUGCUGGCAGUUCGGGUCACCCAGCAUCACAAGAUCCACAGAAAGUUCUGAGACAUAAGAUAGCUUACAAUGCUAUGGACCUUCUUCACUACAUGUGUCAAAAUAUGGGAACAGAUAUGGCCACGCCUCUCUCGGACCAUGAUGACCUCAUAGUCUAUCUCUUCACCCUACUGACGGAAAAACAGUGUUUCCUCAAAGCUGCAACCCUCAUAGAAGAUAUCCUCGGUGUCAGAACACAGAUGUUUAAACUGCAAGAUAUCCCUGAGCUUGAAGAACUGGUCAAGAAGUUUGAGGAGGACCAGCUUGCCAACUUCUGCCGCGUCCUCUCCAUCACCAUCUCGGAGCUUGACCCCAAGGAUGACCCUUGUACCUUGGCUGCCCAGGACAAGGCCUGCAGGAAUCGCAGUGAUACACCCAUCUCAGAAGUCAACCAAAAAACGGUAGUUGAGCUCCCUGGCUUUGUUCAGAAACUUGUCAAGAUCGCCUGCAAGUCAGUUGCAGAGCCCGAUGGCGUCGCAGACAUGGACACCCUCUUCUCUCAGAUCGACAGCUGGGUGACCUGGCUGGACAGCUCCUUGGCCUUUGACGCCCUGGCCGAGGUCGCCAACGAGGACGAGGGUGUCUACCUCAACCUCCCCCUCCAUGACUUGUCCUUGCCCCUUCCGGAUUCUCUCAAGACCAUGCAUGAGGUUGUCUAUAAGGUGGAGGUCCUUCAUGUUCUCUGUCUUCUACUUGGAGGAAAGCAGAGGCAUAAGGUCCAUGAGAUCCUUGCCCAAUACAAACUGAUGCCUGGACUGAACAACCUGUUUGAUAAGGUCAUCUGGAGAUGCAAUCUUCGAGCCCCUAUCCAUGGGGUCAACGAGAACUGCGACUGCAGCCCGGAGGUGGCCCUCAAGGUCCAGUUCCUCAGACUUCUGCACACCUACUGUGAUCACCAUGACAACAAGUAUCUGAUCAUGACCCGGCACGAAAUCAAUGAUCUGAAUAGAAUAUCGACAAGUUCCAACAUUCCCCAACUAGAAGCAGUCAAGAAGAUUGACAGGACAUUACUCUGUCAAGGUCAGAAAGGUAUCCUCACCAAGUUGGUUGAAGUGAUGAAGAAAGAACCAAGAGAUUCACCCUUCAGGUUUUGGAUGGCUCGUGCUAUAGAGAGUUUCUUGAGAGGAAAGACAUCAUAUGCAGACCAGACCUUCCUCAUCAGGAAAGGGCUCUUAGAGCACGUUGUACAGCACAUCCUGAGUAGUGAGCACCACUCGAAGGAGGUACUCCAGAGCUACUUUGAUCUCCUGGCUGAGUUGAUGAAGUUCAACAUCCUGGCUUUCAAGAGAUUCAACAAGGCCAUCCACUCAGAACAUCAGUUCAAGCAGUUUGUACUUCUGGUGCGUAGUCACAUUGUUGACUCCAACAUGUUUGUGAGGUGUCUGGCGCUCACCAUCGAGCACUUCGAGAAGGAGCAGCCAGAAAAUUAUGAUUGGGGAAUACAGUCUUGUCGUCUUCUUCAGUUCAUAUCAAAGAGAGAGAAUCGUUUGAGCUUCCUCUACAAGCUUAUCAACAUCAUCCAUGUUGAGAUCCUCACACAGGAGAACGUGAGUUGUCUGAACACCACCAUCAUCUUCCUGAUGUUUGCUGAUCGUAUUGGUGAGCUAUCCCGCUAUCUGACGGACCUAAGGAAAGAAGAGCAGAAGCAGUGUAGACCAGGAUUCCUCCUACAGAACUUUAGGGAGCUUCUGUUUUUCUGGCAGGAACACUAUCUUCACAAAGACAAGGACUGCAGCGCCCUUGAGAAGAGCUCUUGCAUCAGUUUCUCCAAGUGGAAGGACAUGGUCAGUCUACUGGUCAGUGGUAACACCCACUCCUCCUUGACCGUUGCCCACUAUCUUCAUAAGGACGACCUCUUCCCCUGUACGGAACAUCAGCACGCUCCUCUCCGCACCAGUUGAGGCGAGCCACUUAACCAUUAACCCCCCUCCCCCCUUUGUCAUCUACAUUCUUUCUUGCCUUAAUAUUGGAAAAGGGAGGUCUCUUAGCGAUAUCAUUAAUGAAACGAUUUGUCUGUUAGGAUUCACGAUGGCAUUGUUUCACGAAACUACAUUAGAUCCCAUUGGAAUAUCAGUUUCAAUAUCAGUGUUUCAUUGGGAUAUCAGUGAUUUUAGUGGGUAUUUGUGAAACCGUGCCCACAGAGUCCUUAGUUAGAAUUUGAAUCUGCAGGAUUUUGGCAGAAGAACAUGGAUUUCUAAACUUUUUUGAAAGUUCAUGAACUCUGUCUUCUGGAACGGGGAAAUGCGACUUUAGCGGGUCCUCUUUAUCAAUGCAAGGUGUAGUUGUAUCGUUGAGAUGCCGUAAGAAUGAAAAUGGUACAAUUCCUUUCAUUUUCUAAUCGGGAUAAGAUUUAAUUGAAAGUUAUAUGUAUUUUUUUAGAUAUCACGCGCAGUAUAGUUAAAGGCAAGAAAGAUGCACGACUGUAGGAUACGACUAGUAAAUAUGAAUAAAACUGUAAUGUUUAUUCUUCCAGGAUGCUUUUAAGGAAUUUAAUCAGAGGGUCCCGACAUCGUGGUGUAGAUAUAAUUAGUUUUCUUUCUGUUUAUGAGCCUCAUCGCCUGUUUACAUCUAAACAUUUGUUGUUUAAAUAACAUUGACAAUGGCAUGGCUCAUCCUUGGUAGAUGAAACUGUUGAAUCACCAGAUGAUGUCAAGAAUAUGCAAAUGUAUCAAUGUUUUUGGAGAUGAAGCAAAUUCUAGCCUACUUGGCUUUCUAGGCGCUUCAUCUUUGUAUAAUAAGUGUUGCAGUCCGUACCCAUAAUACAAUUUUAAUAGCUGGUUCGUGUUGAUGAGCUUGUCCUGUUUGGCGUUGGUCUGUGGACAUUCUGAUUUUGGAAGACAUCUGUGAUCGCUUGGUGAAGGUUCACCCUGAUAGUGGCACCAUCCCUGUGCUUGUGUUAUCUACAUCAUGCAGGAAAACAUUUGAUAACGUUUCUUGGUAAGAGAAAAUAAUACCAUGAGAUGUUGAAGGAAUGUGUCGUCUUGUUCCAUAAGACAAGGAAUUUAAUCAUGUUUUGUAAUGACGUACUGAGAGUGGGUGCGAACUACGCUGAUAAAGACUUGUUAUGAAGAGCAGCUUUGAAAGUAGCAGCUAGAGGAUGCUUGCAUCAGUGAGAGUGCAGUCCAGUGUUUCAAUGUGUAUUUGCCAAAGGAAAGUGAUGGUCUGUUACUUUGAUAUUUGGAGAGACAAGAUGGAGACGGAAUGGACAGACAUCGGGACUGAUUGAAUUUGAUGAUACGGUGACAGUAUCAGGAUUAUCAAAGAUUUGUAUAAUGGAGGAAGCUUUAAUUCGCAAAUUGUGCUCUGUGAAAAAAAAAGAAAUUACGGAUAUUUUAUAUGAAUGGGAGUGUAGGUAGAGAGAUGUUUUGGAUGUUUUUUUUAUUAUAAGAGAAUUUGUCGCAUGUUGCGGUUUACAAAUGUG